AGCGAAGUCAAGGAAGCUUUCUGUGGAAUGAAGAAGUCAAUUUUCAUCCAAAGAAAUACUUUGUAUUCAAUAAUUUAGGCAUGCGAUACAACAAUUAUGCCAUAACUUUGUAGUGUGUUGUUUGAUUGAACAAAAAUAACCCGUAAUGGAAGAAAAGAGAGGCCCCAGAGGGGGGCUUGGAGCAGUUCCUCCAAAUCCAAAGUCUCGACCAAGAAAAAUGCGACAGUUGCUGGACAAGAAAAUCGCCCCUGAUGAGUUUAUGGCUGCAGCAAUUGGGGACGUUGAAUGGUUGAAACAAAGCCUCAAGGAAAGAAACAAAGAAAUCACGUAUGAUGAAAAUGGUCUAGCCCCCAUCCACCUGGCUGCACUGCAUGGACGCUUGGACUGUCUCAGACUGCUCAUCGAGAAGCACAAAGUGGAUGUGAACCUUGUUAGCGGGACGGGCUGGCGGCCGAUCCACUUGGCGAUCAGUAACCAAACUGGCAAGAGGUCACUGCAAUGUCUUGUUUACCUUUUGGAGCAUGGAGCAGAUGCCUCUGUGACGAAUGAAGAUGGUGUUACGCCGGUCCACCAAGCAGCGAGCGAGGGCCACGUCCAGUGUCUCAAGCUGCUCAUUGAUGUAAAGGCUAAGAUAGAUGCCAGGGAUCGUAGAGGACAUCUCCCCAUCGACCUUGCCAAGUUAUGGGGGCAUAGGAAGUGUGCGAGAAUCCUGGCGACUGAGAAGUGGCAUCUGGACAAAGACUUCAUCAGUAGAGAGAUGCGUGAGCUGAAGAAGACCAAGAUGCAGGCAGCACUACAGGAACUAGAAGACUUUGAUAAGGAAGAUGAUGAACAGUUCUACGGUCAAACUGCCUUUAACGACUGGUUGACUGAUCACGGGAUACAAACACAGGGUUCCAACACGCCCAAACCAAAACCACCACGGCAGAGGAAGAAAGAAGCAGCCAAACCACCCGAGAAAAAGCCAGAAAAGAUUUCAGAGCGAGUUGAGAAUAAACCUGCAGAAAAGCGGCCUGUUGUUCUUGGUGGUCGACUACAACCAAUAAAAGAGUCACUGUAUAAGCCAAAUAGUGUGUCAUCUGGGCAGAGUGACAUCAAGCAGCAGGAGCCACAUCUGGUGCCGGAGAAACGGGUCCAGGUGGUCUCGCAUGAGAGUGAGGAGGAUGGCACACAUGGCCACAGCAGCAGGUCGCCGUCAACGAUGGCAAGCUCAAGUCCCGAGCGAGCGUUCUACGGGGACUUGAAGAUGAUGAAGGAGAUAUCACCCCAUCAGGAGCUACUCUACAGCACCGAGCCUCAGGAAACACACGAGGCAGCUUGGUAUAAUGAGAAGCCAUGGAACAAAUCCACCAAAGUCAAGGAAACAUUUCAUGAGUAUCUGCCCCUACUGCCUGAUGUCUACCCGCGGGAUAACUUCACCAUGAUGCCACAUAAACAUGCCACACCACAUGAGCUGAACAUCUGGAAAAGUCCCAAAGUCUUUGUCACUAAUGAAUCGGAGCAAAUAAAGCGCGCAGACGCGGAGGUGAAUAUCAAAAAGAAAUUAGAUGAAAUGCAAAUAUCCCCGGAGGCACAAGAGGUUAUUCUUAACCCAAAUGGUGUUGAUCGCCCAGUUCUGUUUAAAUGUCAAAAUAUCAUUGACGUGCCAACCAAGAAAAGGGUGUCCGAGUCAGCGAUACCAAAGACUGAGGCUGCCCUUCACUUGUCGAGUGAUUUGAGGUCAGAGCUUGUCCGAAGGGCGCUGCUGGUUGAAUUAGAGAAGAGAGCGCCCUCUAAAAUAUCUGUGGAGAGUUUCAGCUCUAACGGGAAUAGAGAGGUGUUACCACCCAGGGAACGACUGCUCAAGGCAUUUUCAAACUUCACCAAGCCAACAUAUUACCCGAAUAUCAAUGGAGAGCAGUUUGAUAUCAACUUGGGACAAGUGAAAGCAGUGUGAGAUGAUGGGCUGUGUCUAUCAGAGGGUGAAUUGAUACAUUGACACUCAAACACCCCAGACAUCUGUUGAAGUAAAUAUGUUCCCUGGUGUCUAUCUCGAUUCUUUUGUUGGAGAGAUAUAUUGAUUCUUACUUGUAUUUUCUACUGCUGGUGCCUUCCAAUUUUACCAAAAAUGAAAACGAAUAUUUCUACCAACUUUGUAACUGGUUUGAUGUCAAUGUCUGCUUGCACUGUUGUGAAAGCACAUAAUAGUUGGAUAACAACUAACUGGUUUGAUUUGUGACCUGCACAUUGUGACAGUUGAAUGUUGAUAUAUUUUUGACUCUGGAUUAUAACUAUAUUUCUAUCAACCCGAUAUGUUCUUAGGACUCCUCUAUGAACUCUGUAAAUAACAUUAUUUCUGGGAAUAAAUCUGACAUUCUACCUCAAACAGAA